AUAAGAGCUAGAAAACAGGUGUCCACAGUAAACCUAGGUUCAUCUACCCCAAUGCAGACACGUGUAAGGCUACAGACUACAUUGCAGUUUCCCAUAUAGUGUUUGGCCUUCAGAUCAAGCCAGUGGAAUCAUUUCGAGUGAAAGCAGCAAAGCCAUCCAAUUAAGCACUUGCUUCAGUAUGCCAAUGAAGAAUGUGAGAGAUGACGCCAGAGAUAGCCAGAUCAGCGGCUUCUCUGAGUUCUCUAAACCACAAUGCUCUGGUAAACUGAUCAAUCCCAAUGUGUUCAAUUCUGGGUUUGAGGGGAAAAGCAUGUUUGACAGCUCUGAUAGUCAGAGCUUCUAUGAAAGGCUAAGCAAGUUGAAUGAGUCAAAUGGGUACAAUCUUGUAUUUGAUGUCAGACAUACCAAAUUGAAUUUGCAUCUGUUUUACAAGGAAGUUACUCUCAGGGGAGGCUUUAAUCAGGUGAACAAAGAUAAGAGAUGGGAUGAGGUUGCAUCCUCUUUGAAAUUGGAUGGGAGGAAACUCAAUUAUCAGGAUAUUCUUCUAAAGCUUUAUGCGCUCUUUCUGUUUCACUAUGAACAGAUUUACUUUUAUAGGGGACCCGAGAAAUCGGCUUCAAUGCCAGAUAUCACUGUAGAUAGGGAGGAUAGUCCACGAAUGGAAAUGAAGUACACCAACCAAGCUUCUCGAAUGGUCCCAAGUGUUGGAGAAGGGCCUGGAGGGAAGAAGAUGCUCAAGGAGAACUGUUCUGAUAUUAAGGAUAGCCCACAAAUGGAAAUGAAGUGCACCAACCAUUCAUCUCAAAUUGUAACAACUGUUGAAAAUGGGCCUGGAGGUAAAAAGAUGCUCAAGGAGAGCUGUUCUCAAUCAACAUCCACAGGUUUGGUGUCUGCAGAAAAACAAUCAGCACCUGAAACAGAACAAAAGCAGAUCCUCCAGCUGCACUCAGAGAAAGAAGAAAUAGGAACAAAAAGUUCUGCAUUGGCAGAAAACCAACCAGAAGUACCUGAAGUAGCAGAGGAGCAGACCACCCAGCUGCACUCGAAGAAAAAACAGAUGAGGAAAAGAGGUUCAGCAUCAGCAGAAAAAGAAUUGGCUGUACCCAAGAAAAAAUGUAUGAGAAAGCCAGGUGCUCGACAAGGGUUACGCAGUGGUUACCACAUCUUUAUCAAGACAGAAUGUGAUAGGUUAAAAGAAAUUAAAUGUAAUAAAGGCCAGAAUCUCCGACAUAUGGCCAAUGAUGCGUGGAAUCGGCUAUCUGAGGCUGAGAAACAGCCCUGGAUUGAGCAAAGUAUCAAGGAAAAGGAGCAAAUAAUCAAGGAAAGGGAGCAAAGAAUCAAGGAAAAGGAAAGCUCUGCCAAUAAAGUGGUUGUUGAUGAUGAACAAACCCAUGCCAUGGAAUGUGCUGAUUUGGAGAACAAGCAGUCUUCACCGGAUGGUGACAACCAAGUAAUUUUGGAUCCAAGUGAUUCAGAUAAAUCUAUUGAGGUAGAUUAAUCAUUAGUUAACCCAAUAGUACAAACAGAGUACUGGGAUAACUGAUGUAGAUACAAUGCGGGUGACUAAUUUUAGAAAAUAUGUUAAGGUGCUUUUAUAUCCAUGGGAAGAUGGAUUCUUGUACAUAUCCUAUGG